GCUGUCAACCCGCGGCUUAAUGUUUAGCCCAGGACAAACUCACACAUCCACUCGCACAAGGAAACAAUAUAAAAUGCAAACCGCUCGGGCCCUGCUCGCCACUCACAGAUGGACGCAGGAAGGCCGCACCAUCGGAGGUCGGAGGGAGCAGUCCGGGCAGACAGUGGGACAGAGGCCUCCUGUGGGCUGGGGGCGAAUGGCGUGCCCAGGCCCCUGACUCCCCUGGGCCGGUUCUAUGUCUACGCCCUGCACGGCUGCCUCUGCGAGGUGGUGUUCACGGCCGCCUGGGACCUAUACGAGAGAGGCGACAGGAAGCUGGCCGGCCACACCAGCCUCUGGGCCCUCCCCAUCUACGGCGCCGCCCUGCUCCUCAUCGAGAGGCUGCACCUGUGGCUGCGGCCGCGCUGCCCCCCGCUGGCCCGGCUGCUGGUCUACACCCUGUUCACGUACCUGUGGGAGUUCAGCACGGGCUUCCUGCUGCGGCUGCUCGGGGCCUGCCCCUGGGACUACUCUUCCUUCCGCUACAACCUGCUGGGCUUGGUGACCCUGGAGUAUGCCCUGCCAUGGGCCACCGGCUGCUUCAUCGCCGAGCAGCACGUCAUCAAGAACACACUCAGGGUGCGUCUGUGGAACUCUGGCCAGGCCCCAUAGGCCUUUCUCCCUGCUCCCUCUACAGUUAGCUACACUUCACUGGCGUCUCUCUGCCUCACCUCAUGUUACCUCAUCCAGUGGCUACCUCUGUCCAGCGACAACAGGGCAAGUAGCCUGUCACUAUGUUACAGCUCUCUUCAAUGACAUCAUGACUUGGCAGUUUCAGUUCAAGUUUGAGAAUGUCGCCAUGCUUGGGUGGGUGGAGGGAGUGGGGCUUCAAAAUGGCUGAGGAAACAGAAUUUCACACUUUGUAAAAGAAGGCAUUUUCAAUAUCAAAAAAAGCAAAGGCUUGCUUGCAUGCUCUUCACAUUGAGCACAAAAAUCCAUGACAAUGAAGUGAGGUGUCUGUGUCUAUCCUAAACCGAUGUGGCCUUUCAACCAGAUCCAGGGUGAAGCUCAGAGUUCAAAAACCAUUUUGUUAAGGUGUUUGUGGGGGAUGUAAAACAGAGCUAGAAGUUAUGCAAUACAUUAAAAGUCCCACAGCUUAGCACAUCACUGAAAAACAGGAAACGACAAAUCAGCACGCACGCAUCGCUCUGUUACAUCACAAUACAAUAUUGACAGUACAUUUCAUUAUAUUGCAUUUUAUGGGCCUGAAGCACCGUGUGGCAAUGUGGGAAACCACCCCACAUUUCACUCCUGGUGGGAUUAUGAUAUUAGAAGUAUGGGACAUAU